UUUUACGAAUUUAUAGUAUAUCGGGUGUGCUGAUUUCAGAAAUGACAUUAGUUUUCCACGAUUGGCUCUAGUUCUUGAGAUACAGGGUGUUCCAGAUAUAUUCUUAUACAAAUAUCUUCGUUCAUGCAUAUUUUACAAAUCAGCAAGGCGACCUGUACCACACUCAGACGAUGUCCCCAUUCCAGUGUUCACUACACUCCCAGAUCUAACAGUGUCUGAUGAAGAAGAUAUGCAGAAUUUGGUGUGCGAACAUGCAGAUAGUGGUAGUGAAUAUGAAGACAGUACUUCUAAACAGCAACAGUUCUCCCAAGAAGAGAUCAAUGAUUUAGUACGAGACUUAAGUCUAUCCAAGCAAGAUACUGAGCUUUUAGCAUCUAGACUAAGUGAAAAGAACAGUUUGAAGGCCGAAUGUAAAAUAACUUUUUUUCGGACAAGAGAGGCAGCACUUCUUCCAUAUUUCAUUCAAGAAGAAAAAAUAGUAUACUGUAGGAACAUCCCUGGACUCCUCCUCCAAAUGGGGUUACCUGAAUACCGACCAGAAGAUUGGCGAUUGUUUAUAGAUAGUUCGAUGAGAAGUUUGAAGUGUGUUUUAUUGCACAAUAGCAAUAGUUAUGCAUCCAUCCCAAUACUUCACUCAACAAAACUGAAAGAGGAAUAUGAAAAUAUAAGAAUGAUGUUGCAGAAGCUUAGAUACAAUGAUCACCAGUGGUCUAUAUGUGUUGAUUUAAAGAUGGUAAACUUCUUACUAGGGCAGCAAAGUGGAUAUACUAAGUACCCUUGCUUCAUAUGUUUGUGGGAUAGUAGGGCUAAAGAAGACCACUGGAAAAAGGUGGUAUGGCCUGCGAGGGAAAAUGACUGUAGGUGCAUCAAAUAUCAUUAACGAACCACUGGUAGA